AUGCAUGAACCAAAUAACCAACGGGUCAUUAAAUAUACCUUCAUCAUUGGUGCAUUCUUUAUUGUUGCUGCUCUAUUUUCCUUGUGUGUGAGUGCAGCAAUAAUUGAUGACUAUGUAAAUUUAUCAUCACCUGCAAUGAAUUAUACUUUAUUGGCAACAACUACAUUGGAUGUGGGUGUUAUGUAUACUCUCUCUAUUAGAGGAGUUGAUUGGUUAACAAGUGAAGAAUUGGGUUCUUCAUCACAAUGGAAACAUUAUCUAGCCAUUGUGGUUCCAAAUAAUCUCAACACCAACUAUAAUGAAUCAUUUUUAUAUAUUGAAGGAGGUUCUUCUUCCACAUCAAUGCCAACCACCAAUGACAUGUUAAAAUCACUUGCCUAUUCCACUAAUUCCAUCACUUCACAAGUUUACAUUGUUCCCAAUCAACCAAUUAUAUUUUCAUCUGAUCCAAGUAAAACAGCACGUAGUGAAGAUUCACUCAUUGCCUACACAUGGAAUGCAUUCAUGGAUAGAUAUGAGAAUAAAUCAUCAGCAAAUUUACCAAUUGAUGUGAAAACUUAUGAAUGGUUGGGUCAUUUACCAAUGGCAAAAACUUCAAUGAGAGCUAUGGAUGUUGUUCAGGAUUUUAUUUACAAAUUGAAUGGAGUUUCAAUUUCAAAGUUUACAAUUGGUGGAGGUUCUAAAAGAGGUUGGGCUGCUUGGUUGGUUGGAGCUGCUGAUCCUCGUGUUAAAGCACUCGUUCCUUUGAGUAUUCAAGUUUUGAAUUUGAAAGAAAGUUUUCUUCAAAUUAACAAAUCACUUUGUGCUUGGCCAAUUGCUUUAUAUGAUUACAAUUCUCAAGGUGUUUUGAAGAGAGUUGAUUCUGCUGCAUUUACUGCUUUACAAUCAGUUGAAGAUCCAUUUGCAUAUAGAGAAAGAUUUUCUAAUCAUUCAAUUUAUAUGAUUAAUGCUCUUGGUGAUGAAUUUAUGUGGCCAGAUCUUGCUUUAAAGAGUUGGCCUUACAUGAAUAAUAUUAAAAAGAAAUAUUUACGUUACAUUCCAAAUACUGGACACUCACUUUCCAAUUCAGAUGCAAUAGAAUCAGUUUUAUUAUUCUACUAUAUGCAAGUUAAGGGAAUUGAUCUACCUCAAUACAAUUUCACACACAUCUACAAUGACACUGGUGUCAAGGUUACUGUUUGGAGUGCCAUCAAACCAACCAAUGUCUAUCUAUGGAGAGCAAACAAUACUAAUGCUAGAGAUUUCCGUAUCUCAACCAUUGGAUCAACUUACAAGUCAUCAAAUCUAUCUGAAACUUCUCCAAAUAUUUGGGAAGUUUUUGUUCCUAAUCCAUCUAAAGGUUAUGUUGCCUUGUCUAUUGAAUUGGUUUAUGAAAAUUAUGUUUAUGGAUUCAAACCACUCAAAUUAACAACGAGUGGAUAUGUCAUUCCAAAUACUUAUCCAUGUGAUUCAAAUCCUUCAUCAAAUAAUGGUACUAAUAAUGGAACAACACCAAUUGUAUCAACUAAAGCUGCCAAUAGUACAAAGAUUAAUGAUUCAAAUCAAUCAGUUCAAUUUUCAUUGACUACUACCUUGAUGAUUGCAGCAAUUAUUUUAUUGAUAUCUUAUUUAUAAAGAGGUUUAAAAAACUUAUCAAUUGAAUGAUUUACAAAUAUUUGUAAUAAAAAUAAUAAUAAUAAUAAU